CCUGGCUCAUGAGACCAAGUAAUUACAUGGGCGGCUUGUUUGUUCAUAUGUACUAUACAGACUGUCUACGUCACUGAUUAGAUUAAUUAAAAGCGCCGACUGUCUAAAGCUGGGUACUCGUAGUCCCUAAUAUUGACGGAUCUUGUACCAAAUAUUAUCUAAAACCCCAUUAGGCAGAUCGAACUUAGAACUGAGAACUUACUCAGUUUCAACAUAAUUGGAAAAAGUCAUAAAAUCGUUUGUAAAAAAAUAAAAGAAAGUGAUAGGAAAAUAUAUAUAUGAUCUCUAUAAUCGUGUCAGGCCAUUUCUAAAUUGUCCCUGGCACCCUGGUCAUAAACUGCGAAGUGGAGUCCAAGUCCUCUGGCCAGUGGGAUCAGUGGGGAAAGGGGGUGGAGUUCCUCUUUUCUUGCAUCGCUUUGUCCGUGGGUCUGGGCAAUGUCUGGCGCUUUCCCUUCAUUGCUCUCAGUUUUCCAGUCGUGGUUGCAUCAAGGCCUCCGAUAUGGUUCCUAUUAUGAAGGGCAUUGCUUAAAGACAGGUACCGCUUUGUCUACCACCUACUAUACCUGUAUUAUGGCUUUGACCAUCCGGUAUUUGGUGGCCAGUUUUAGUGAGGUCUUGCCCUGGUCUUAUUGCCUGGUGGAAUGGGGCAGCAGCUGUGUGGGCACAGGAGAAACAGCAGUCAAUGAUACGUCUAUUGGGCAGGACAAACAUUACUCAGGGAACCCGAAACUUUGGAGGACAAUGGUCCUAGAACUCCCAGCUGGGAUCUGAUAUUGUUUUUCUUAGCCACUUGGGUUAUCAUCGGAACAAUUUUGUCUAAAGGCAUUAGGAGCUUA